AUGGACAUGAAGAAUGCAUUUCUUAAUGGAGAUUUGAAAAAGAAGGUCUAUAUGAAACCACCUCCGGGUUAUCCUUGUCCUUCUAGCAAAGUAUGUCUCCUUCGCAAGACACUUUAUGGUCUUAAGCCAGCUCCUCGUGAAUGGUUUGAUAAGUUCAGCACCACUAUUUGCAAUCUCGGUUUCACUUACAGCCCUCAUGAGAAUGCACUUUUUAUUCGUAAAAGUGAAUGUGGAGUUGUUCUUCUACUUUUGUAUAUUGAUGACAUGAUCAUUACUGGAGAUGAUGUUGAUGGUAUCUCUGAUCUUAAAGCCUCCCUUCACUGUACCUUUGAGAUGAAAUAUCUUGGUUCUCUCAGCUAUUUUCUUGGUCUCGAGGUCAUAUCCACAGAUGAUGGCAUCUAUCUCUCUCAGGCUAAGUAUGCUUUAGAUCUUCUUGGUUGCGCUGGGAUUACUGAUAGUCGCACUAAGUCUACUCUCUUUGAGCCUAAUGUUCGAUUUACCCCUAUGGAUGGUACUGUUUUGGAUAAUCCUACUCUUUAUCGACAGUUAGUUGGAGGUCUCGUCUACUUAACUAUCACCCGACCAGACAUUGCCUAUCCAGUUCAUGUACUUAGCCAGUUCUUAUCACCUCCUCGUACUACUCACUAUGCGAUAGUUCUUCGCAUUCUUCGCUACAUCAAAGGCACCCUAUUUCAUGGCCUUUAUUUUUCUACACAUUCAUCUUUAUCCAUUCAAGCAUACUCCGAUGCUGAUUGGGCUGAUGAUCCCAGUUAUCGUCGCUCAACUACUGGUUUCUAUUUGUUUCUUGGUGACGCUCUCAUCUCUUGGCGUGCUAAGAAGCAAACGUUCACUGCUCGAUCAAGCACAGAAACUGUGUACCGUGAUUUCGUUGACACCACUACUGAGGUUGUCUCGAUUUGUUCACGUCUCAAAUAUUUGGGUGCUCCUCAGUCAUCCUCUACUAAAGUUUUUUGUGACAACCGCAGUUGUAAUACCCUACCACAUAGAGCUUUACGCUUAAGCCAUAAAACAUAG